AUGGCGCUCACGCCCUUACUAUUCGAUGCGUAUCAGAAGUACAAGAGAGGAACCGAAGAUCUCGUUCAAUGGCUAGCUGAGACGGCCCGCGCAACUGGUACCGUCAACGAGGUGUUCAGCGAUAUUCAACAACAUGGAAAACCGCAUACGGGAGGUAGAUUGAAAGGGUCCGCUCAGAAAGACGCAAAGAACGCCCCAGCUACGUACCACAUCACCGCUAGAUCGUUCGUCACUCUUGCGACAGCCAUCGCCAACGAUGCGCGUAUACCUGUUCCAACCUCGGUCCUCGGAACCUUACAGGCUGUCAUUCGAGGUCGCAAGGAUUGUGCAGUGUGGUACGCAAGCACUUCCGAUUGUGCAGACAACGCCGUCAAGGAGAACAACGAAGGCCAUCAACACUUCAUCAAGACUUUGGAGGAUGUCCUCGAAAUCCUUAAGGCCGCCAAGAAGCCACCAGUCGAACGUCGACAGUCCAAGACCACGAAGGCGGAAACUAUACGCACGAACAACAAAUACGAGCUAUUAGAGAAUGAGGCUCUUCCAGAGUCCGACGAUAUGCCCGAGAUUAUCGAGGUCCACGCCACACCCGUCAAGUCGAAGGUGACCUACAAACUCGAAGAGUCUGAAACUGACGUUACCUUCGCCAUCUACUGCUUUCUGAAAGACGUUACAGAUCUCAGGAUUGCAGUCAGACGCACCUGGCGCGAGUUUGCGAACGGCGACAUCGGUCUCCAGGCCGCCGCGCUAACCAUGAACGUCGCUUUGGCAAUGAUAGAGAAGUUGAGCAACGAUUUCGAGGAAGCCAACCCUCGAUUCAAGGGUUCGAAUGGUCAUCUCGUGCAUAGCGAACUCAUCGGCUUCUUACAGCGCAGCCGCUCCAAGGUUGAACCAGGUUCGCCAUUCGUCAAUGCAACCAAUGAUCAUGGGGAGCCUUUCGCCUACAAACAGGAAAAGCAAUCAUUGAGCUUCAACACUGUCGUAUGCAAGCAUGUCACAGAGUUGCUCCUCUUCACAUUCACUCCUAUAACGAAGAACGAAGAAUUUCGAUAUUCCGACGAUGAAAAGAGAUUCCUCAAGUGUGUUUCACAGCUUGCAACAUCGCCUACGAUAGAACCCCGUUUCAAGGAUGAAUACAUGCUGGAUUUUUUCUCGUUGCAAAUCUUCUGGGAUAUGCAAAGAGAGCUGGAGCCUCAUUUGUCCGUUGGUGAAGAGCUUCUCUACAAGACCGGACAGCAGAUCAUCACAGGAUACCAAGCUUACCUCGACGUCAAGGGGUUUGAGGAAUUGGAUGACGCCUAUACACUCGCUCGUGAAAGCGUUAUCGAUCGCAAAGAGUUUGCCGAAGCCUUCAUUGUCAAUAAAAAGGCCCAGAUGGGGUUCGACAUUGAUGAAGAACAAUUAUCGCUGAAAUUCCGGAAGAUACCUGGGUUCUCACUAUUGAGGUGCGAUCCCGCGUUCUGUGGCGUACUCCUGGCCACCCUGUGCAAAGAGUAUCACGAAGUAGCCAUCGAGUUAACCUCAAAUGAUGGUCAAAUCAUUGUGAUGGCUCACCUGUACAACGCUGCUCAGUGUGCCGGACAUUUACCUGAAGACCUGCGAUGGGCAGAUAUGGCACAUUUGAUCGAGCAACAAGGUAGCGACUGGAUCUUUAUGGGCAAGAAACCACAACAAGACCCUGAAUUCGGAAAACGCGUCCUGCUGAUCAUGGGAAAUGUGGUCCACGAUUUCACCAAAGGUUACAGGCCUCGCACCGUAGGCAGCAGCUCAACCUAUGCUUCCCGCGUCAGUGGAACACGUCGCCUUAGUUAUCAUUUCCAGUAUCUCGAGUCGUCCGUUGACAGAAUGCCACGCGAUAAGACGCAUCAGAAAGGCAAGACCUUGGAGAAAUGGCGUCAACAAAGACAGAAGGGGCCCGUACAUGAUGACGAACCAAGGAAAGACACGCUUGUCAAACUAGAGUUGCUGAUUGGAGACGCUCAGAAGAAGUCUCAAAAUCCGCACAAGCCGCCGUCUUCUCUGGAAAAGCUACGUAUCUUCAAGGAGGUGGUUAGCAAAGAUGAGACGGCUCUCACAUUCGAUGUGUUGCAGCUGCAUAUGCGAUGCACCCAGGUACUGCUGCAGAUCCAUAAGUACGCUCGGAAGGUCGCACCGGUCGACUAUCCAGCAUUCAUUUUCCAAGGAGAUUCAUGGUUGACCAUCGCUAUCCCCUGUAUGCUGUACAACUGGAAGAAGAAUCAACCACACCACCCGUGUAUCUUUCCGGUGGUAGGUAUAAUGCUCCGCAAGAUGAUUGAGAAAGAGGGAGAUUCGGCUCUCAAGGGUGCUGCAGCGUUGCAGAAGAGUAUGAGGGUUAAGUUCCCAGGAUACCGGAAAGUGGAUGAACCUAGCUUCGAAACCCCGUUGGAAGACUUGAUUCCCGUUCAGCUGCGUACCGAGUUUCCAUACUCGAUGUAUUGGCAAGUGGUGCAGGAACGAUCGGGCAACUCUUCAUAUGGCUCUAGGUACGAGUCGGAGGUGGAUUAG